GGAAGGGGCGGGCCCGGCCGCGCACCGUCCGUCGCUCGCCAUGCUGCUGUGGCGGCGCCUGGCGGCCCUCAGGGGCGAAUGUUCCCCGCGGCGAACAUUGGGGGGACCGGCACCGGGACCGGGACCGGCACCGACACCGGGAUCGGCACCGGCACCGAGACCGGCACCGAGACCAUGGCGAGCCGGCGAGCUCGGCGGCGCUCCUCGACCGCUCUACAUGGAUGUCCAGGCCACCACCCCGCUGGAUCCCAGAGUCCUGGACAGCAUGCUCCCAUACCUGACAGCCUGCUAUGGCAAUCCCCACUCCAGGACCCAUGCCUAUGGCUGGGAGAGCGAGGCCGCCAUGGAGAAGGCAAGGCAGCAAGUUGCAGAUUUAAUAGGAGCUGAUUCACGGGAAAUUAUAUUUACCAGUGGUGCAACAGAAUCUAAUAAUAUGGCAAUUAAGGGUGUUGCAAGGUUCUAUAAAUCCAGGAAAAAGCAUAUCAUUACRACACAAACAGAGCACAAGUGUGUGUUGGAUUCUUGUCGUUCCCUGGAAACAGAAGGUUUUCGCAUCACGUAUCUACCUGUUAAAAAAAAUGGRCUCAUAGAUUUGAAGGAGCUGGAGGCUGCGUUCCAGCCAGAUACAAGUUUGGUGUCUGUGAUGACWGUCAAUAAUGAAAUAGGUGUAAAGCAGCCAAUUCAUGACAUUGGUGAGAUCUGUCGUGCACGUAAGGUUUUCUUCCACACGGAUGCUGCACAAGCGAUUGGUAAAAUUCCUAUGGACGUCAACAACAUGAAAAUUGACCUAAUGAGCAUCAGUGGCCAUAAAAUUUAUGGGCCCAAAGGGGUUGGUGCUCUCUAUGUUCGCCGCCGGCCACGCGUCAGGCUGGAGCCCCUGCAGAGUGGUGGAGGCCAGGAGAGAGGACUGCGCUCUGGAACUGUGCCCACACCUCURGCAGUGGGACUGGGGGCAGCGUGUGAAGUGGCCCGGGAAGAGAUGGAGUAUGACCAUAAGCGAAUCUCACAACUGGCAGAACGACUGGUUACAAAAAUAAUGAGUGAAGUUCCUGAUGUGGUGAUGAAUGGAGAUCGAGAGCAKCGCUAUCCAGGAUGCAUCAACUUAUCUUUUGCAUAUGUGGAAGGAGAGAGUCUUCUGAUGGCUCUGAAAGAUGUGGCUCUGUCUUCAGGAAGUGCUUGCACAUCAGCCUCUCUGGAGCCUUCCUAUGUUUUGCGGGCAAUCGGAACAGAUGAAGAUUUGGCUCACUCAUCUAUAAGGUUUGGCAUUGGUCGUUUCACUACAGAAGAAGAAGUGGACUAUACAGUGCAGAAGUGUAUACAGCAUGUGAAAAGGCUGAGGGAAAUGAGCCCUCUCUGGGAAAUGGUGCAGGAUGGAAUUGACCUCAAAAGCAUUAAAUGGACUCAGCACUGAGAAAACAUUGCUAUCCAUGGACUAGAUGUAAAUUAAAAUGCAUUUUCCUGUACAGUGUGGAGCAAAUUAUGCAGCACUUUGGUUUUCUGACACUUGGAAUUUGGCUGGAGAACUACCCUUUCAGAUCACAAAAUCCAAGAAGCCAAAAAUGAAGCUAGUCUUUAUCACGGAGAAAGGCAAGCUGAUCCAACACCCAUUGUGUUUCUACUGACAUACAGAAAUUUAUGCUAAAAUGUAAUUUAUUCAAAAAUGUAUUUUCUAAUGAGAACAUUAAAUCAAUAUGCUACUCCCAGGUCAGUGAAUCCUGGCAAGAGUUUGCYUCUCAAUGUAAGUUAUCCCAAGUCACUGUUGUGUUUGCACCAAUUGUUCUGUUGCCAAUUUUUUCUGUUUGAGAUGGGUGUCCUGCAAUAUCAGCUGGGUUUUGCCUCUCAAAUGCCUUGUUUUGCAAGAAAUUCUCAGAUAGGAUGUCACUUGGAUCUCUAGAGGAAAGGGAUGCCUCAGUGUGGCUAUGUGCCUUCACAGAUAAGUUGUAUGUGCAGUUAAGAACAAAUUUUUGCUGAAAUUGAGUAUUUCUAGCUCAUUUUCCUUGGGUUUUUGUGUGUGCAUCUUUUGUGUGUGUGUGUGUGUGUGUGCAUUCAUCCAAAAGAUUCUUCUGUGUUCCAGAGUUUAUGAUACAAUCGUGAUGCACUCUGCUGUCCCCUCCACGGUUUUUUUUUUUUUCCAAAAUGUUAUUUUUUUCUGUGAGGAAAGAAAAUUUGAAUGACUUGUGGGGGAGAUAGGCAGAAUAUGUCAGCUUCAGCAGCAGCACCAGUUUGGUGGGAGCAUGAGCAGUAGAGGUGGUUGGGGAGAGCAGAUGCAAUGCAAUGUCUUGAGGCAGUCUGGAUUUUGGGGGAGGGGGUUUCUUGUUUGUUUUCUCCCUUUGUCAUGAGAUCUUUGCUGUUACUGUGUUUGCCUGUGGGCCUUUGGUUUCUCUUACUGCAGGGAGUUGUGCUUGGGUCAGCCUGUAUAUUUAGUCUGGAGAUAAGAACACCUGGCGCUGAAGUUUUCUUUGUCUCACAUAUUGUACGCUGUGACUACAGAUUCGCAUGGGAAUCCAUUUCCUGCACAUGGUGGGGGAAGUAUCUGUUAAAAAGUGUUUGAUGAGAUUAAUUUGUAUCAGUGUUUCUCCUUUCUUACUUUGGUAAUCUUUCCAGUAAGAAACUGAACCCUGUAUKGAAAAGUGCCUUUGUUUCAGUGCGUAAACAAAGAGCUCUCAAAWUAAUUGUGUUGAUUGAUGGAUGCUGUGUUAGCUGCUGAAUUUGAUGCACCCAUAGACAGUAGGUACACCUUCAGUUUGGGAUGGAAUCUACCUCGAGGAUCAACAGUAUCAUGUAAAUGCUGAAGGUGAAUCUCACAAGAUGGAUUGUGUUACAAAAGCUUGUACAUUUUUUGUUCCUUAGGACAAUUUAGUUGUUUGUAAUGCAAACCUAAUCCUCAGCUUUUAUUUGAAAUUAYUAGCUUUAGCAGUUUUCAUGUUGCAGUGCUGGCACCUUAUAUUUCAUCACAACAUUUUUAAAACUACCAUAUGCAUAAAUAGGUUUUAGUGGUGUUGUAUGUACUCUUUUUCAUCCUUGGGCCAUAUAUAUUUUCUGGGUUAAGCAUGUGAUAGCAUGCUUUCCCAGCAUGUUAUAGAAAUAAAUGUUUAUGAAUUGU